CAGGAAGAUCCGUAAGCUGUCAGAUUCAGUGUUUCUCUAGAAGCUUUGACACUUCGCAUCUUUACACCUGGGAAACAGAGGGACAACCUACUAAAUCAGGUUGUCUAUGAUGAUGGAUUUAGGAUGAUGAGAAACCUCUAAGUGUCCUUGCCUUUGGUCCCCUACAGGCAAUUUAACAAGCACAGAAGGAGCUGUUCUUCAGGAAACUGUGACAGACAGGAGGGUGACGACGAAAUAGCGAGACAGAGAGUAAAAGUGUAAGUGAGGGUGAAAGACUGAACCAAGGAUUUAAAGAUCUAUACCUUUUACAAUAGCUCACAACUUCACAGUUUUUGAGGAUCCUUCACUUAUUUUUUCUCGGUUUCCAGAAGACCACCUACUCGAUCAAAGUGUAGGGAACAUUUGCACCUAACUUCAUCUGAGAUUUCACAAGCUGAAAUAAUAAGACAAUGCUGCCCAGCUCUGGGUUGCCAAUGCUAAUGCUAGCUACACUUCUGCUAAUCGGCCCUCCAGCUGUCAGAGGGCAAAAUGACACGGAGCCCAUAGUACUGGAGGGGAAAUGCCUGGUGGUCUGUGACUCCACACCCUCUUCAGAACCAGCAGGUAAUGCGCUGGGGAUGUCCGUGCGAUCAGGUACCGGACGUGUGGCCUUCUCCGCCACACGGCAAACCAACCACGAGCCCACAGACAUGAGCAAUCGCACCAUGAUCAUCUAUUUUGACCAGAUCUUGGUGAACGUCGGUGGUCAUUUUGACCAAGAGAGCAGUAUCUUUCUUGCUCCAAGGCGAGGGGUGUACAGCUUCAACUUCCAUGUGGUGAAGGCAUACAACAGGCAAACCAUACAGGUGAGUUUGAUGUUGAACGGAUGGCCAAUGAUCUCAGCCUUUGCUGGAGACCAGGAUGUGACACGAGAAGCAGCCACAAAUGCUGGGCUUGUGAUCAUGGAAAGAGGAGACAAGGCCUACCUCAAGCUAGAAAGGGGCAACCUAAUGGGAGGCUGGAAGUACUCUACUUUUUCAGGCUUCCUGGUCUUUCCUUUAUAAAGGGAAGAUGUGGAGGAGAGAGCAUGACAUGCUCUCUGGGGAUUAUUAUUAUUAUUAUUAUUUUUUUUUUUUAAAUGGAAGUAACAGAAAAGGUCAUAUUUUUUCUUACUCUUUUUUUGUGGCAGUGCACAGAACAUGAGAAGUAAAAUGUUAUAUUUAAAAAUUAUUUAUAUUUUAUUAUUUUCAAAAAUAAGAUGAGACAUGAAUAUACAGUAUUUGAAAUUAUGUAUAUCAGAGGUUUCACAAACUUCAGUUACUGAAAUCACUUUUUAUUCAAAUAUAGCUUAUCGACUUUCUGUUGUGAGAUUUCUGUUUCUCAUAUGUUUGCCUGCUUAUGGAGUUGUAUGUUGUGUGUAUUAUAAAGCUUUUUAAAAAUAAAUCUCAUUAAAUCGAA